AUCACUAUUUUCAGUAAGUCAUAAAAGUGAGGUUAAAGAGAUAUUGACAUGUCAAUGGAAAAUACAAACGGCUGGAACCAAAAAUUAAAAACCUUAAUGUAAACGUACCAAGAACCAAUUAAUAAGUUUUUUCAAUAGAAAGAUCUAUGAACAUGGAUACUACCAAAUUAGAGAUGUUUGAAGAUGUUGGGGGGUAUGUUGAAGGGGAAAUGAAUGUUCCUAAAUCCCAAAAUACAACCCAGAUAGGACAGCCUGAUUUCAAUACUUUGGAUGAACCUAUAAGAGACACAAUUAUGAGAGACUUGAAAGCUGUAGGUGUGAAGUUUAUCUAUGUGUUGUUUCCCAAAGAGAAAAAGGCAUUAUUGAAAGAAUGGGAUUUGUGGGGACCCUUAGUACUAUGUACAUUUAUGGCAAUGAUACUUCAAGGAUCUGCUGCAGAAAACUUGAAAGAUGGUGGCCCGGAAUUUUCAGAGUUUUUUGUCAUUGUAUGGAUUGGAUCCAUGGUAGUAACACUGAAUUCUAAAUUAUUAGGAGGAAAUAUAUCAUUCUUCCAGAGCGUUUGUGUUCUAGGGUACUGUUUACUCCCAACCACUGUGGCUCUCAUAAUAUGUAGGAUAAUAUUGCUAGUAGAACAAACCAAUUUGUUGUUUUUUCUUCGAUUGACUGUCUCAAUGACAGGCUUCCUUUGGGCUACUUAUGCUUCCAUGAUAUUUUUGGGGGACAGCCAGAAACCAAAUAGAAAAUUAUUAGCAGUUUAUCCUAUAGGGCUUUUCUACUUCAUAAUAUCCUGGUUGGUAAUAUCGCAUACCAAUACAUAGAUAACCUUAAGUUAGUUCUUGUAAAUAAUAUUCCUACAUUAAUAUAUUUUUCAUUUCUUUUUCUAUUCCUGACUUUUCAUAUUGAACUACUAAGUGUGUAUUGAACGCCGUAUUAUGUGAUUGUGAUAUUCAGUAAAAAUUAAACCAACAGUAAUUUGUUGAAAAUAAAAAUAUAUUAAAAAAUGUG